CCAAUUCACACGUACCCCCCCCCCUAGAUGCCUCCAAAGUUUGAUCCGAACCAGGAGAUCACCGUGAUCGUGCGUGCGGUCGGUGGUGAGGUGGCGGCUACGGCUUCUCUGGCCCCGAAGGUCGGCCCCCUCGGUCUCAACGCCAAGAAGAUUGGCGAGGAUAUCGCCAAAUCCACGAAGGACUGGAAGGGCCUGAAGGUCACCUGCGAGCUGCACGUGAAGAAUCGCGUGGCGACGGUGGUGGUGACUCCUUCGGUGGCUUCCCGCCUCAUCCGCGCCCUCAAGGAGCCGCCGCGCGAUCGCAAGAAGGUUAAGAACAUCAAGCACGACGGCAACAUCGCCUUCGCGGAGAUCAUCAAAAUCGCGAAGGAGGCGCAGCCGAAGUCGAUGGGGGCGAACCUGAAGUCCGUCGUGAUGGAGGUGCUCGGCACGGCCGUCUCCAUUGGCUGCACGAUUGACGGCGAGAGCCCGACGGAGAUCCAGAACAAGGUCCGGGAGGGGAAGCUGAAGGUUCCGAACUAAGCGAAACACUGCAUCAGCCCACUCCCGUCGAUGAGAACGGUACCUUACAGUGUGUAGGCGUUAUUGGUUUCUUUCGUACGAUGCUUCGUUUUUCUUUUGUCUUAAAUCCUCAUAUCAACCGCCGCUGGUGAGAUUUUCUGUCUCAUUUGUGUGCGAAUAUCGGGUGGGAUGGGAAGUCGGCAUUCGUGACGAGUAUUCCCUUCACCCAUGUUU